GCAACCUCCGUCUGUUACCAAUGGUCAUUCUGUGAUUUGGAACAAGAGUUGUCCACCCAACGAUAUCCGUUCCAGUGAUUCACGAUGUCACUCCGCGAUGAGACGAAUGUCAUACCUCUGCACGAACCUCUGUCGUCACACUCAAACGAGCAUGAAUCUAUUGGUCGCGAACAAGCUCGGAGGCAUCGGGAGUCAGACAAAGACAGAGCUUUUGCUCUUGUAGGCUCCGCCCUGCUACAGCUUCCGAUAUGGGGUUUUGCCAUGAGCUACGGCGUCAUGCAGGAAUACUACGUCGACCACUGGAUGCUGCAAGGCGAUCGCAAACUCACUGGUAUCAUUGGCACGACGUCUAACGGUGUUAUGUACCUGUCCAUGCCUUUCCUGUUUGCUUUGUUCACCAGUCGGUGGGCCCGUUAUCGCCAGGUUGCAGCGGUUGUCGGCGCCUUACUCGCGUGUUCCGGCUUCGUCUUAUCCUCGUUAAGCAAGCACGUUUGGCAUCUUGUUGCGACACAGGGAGUACUUGCAGCGUUAGGAUGCGCACUCAUCUACAGUCCGACAACGCUAUCUCUGGGAGAAUGGUUCAACACUGAGAAUCGCAUCUGCAAUCGUGCCAUAGCGUAUGGAAUCUGCUUGUCCUCCAAAAAUAUCGUAGGAUCCGUUUGUCCAUUCAUAUUCCGCGGACUCCUUGACCGUUAUGGUUUUCGUACUACCCUAAGCGCUGGAUACGGUAUCCCGCAGACAUAUUUGAGCGAAUAUGCCCGCAACGUCUCGGCCCUAUCUCCGACGUUUUCAACGCUUCUUCUUACUCUGAUCAAUAUUCCAGGCAUAUGCUCAUCGACCUUCUUCGGGUUUUUGAGCGACAACAAACACUUUCAGCUCUCAGCUUCAACUGUGACUGGGAUAUCUGCUAUCAGCUCCGCCCUGGCUGCGUUUCUCUUUUGGGGAUUAGCUGCACGAGGUGAUAUAGCCUUGUUGGUACUGUUUGCCCUCACGUUUGGCUUCUUUGCUAGCGGCUAUAGUGCGACUUGGGGAGGCAUCAUGAAAAAUCUUGAACACGAUGCUGCGGAAGAAAACGAGGCGAUUGACAGUGGAAUUCUUUAUGGCUUACUGAAUGGUGCAAGAGGCGUUGGAUAUGUCGCGGGUGGGCUUGUCAGUGUACCUCUGAUCAAGGCGGGAAGCACAGAUUCGAUGGGACAUUUUGGGUACGGAACGACGUACGGACCACUGAUUCUGUUCACGGGUCUAUCACUGGCUUUUGGGGGGUGGGGGUUGGUUAUCAGUCCGAAGUGGAAAACCUUGCUGCGUCUACCGUCAGUGUAG